UUAAUAUACGGAGAAGGAUCCAUGUUACUUUGUAAUUUCUUUAGUUCCAUGAUUUUGGAGAAUACCAGGCUACCAAGAAUUCCUGGAGAAGAUAAAAAGCAACCACUUCACCUUCUAGAUGCUUAUCAUCGAUUGCUUGUCGAAGAAUGGGAUAAAGCAGGAAAAAUACUUGUCCAGCCUGUUAACAAAUGUCAAUGGCGGCCAUUGAAGAAAGAAAAUCAAAAGGAAUUUGGGAAAUUCAGUCGUCAAUCUCGUUCAGUCACCGAUCUCAAAGCAAAAGGCAUUCACUUCAAACCUAGUUCAUGUUGUUUGAUGAAUAUUAGUUUCAAAUCAUCCACAUUUUAUGGGCAAGUUCAACUCCCGGUUUGGCUUUUCACUAGCAUUUCCAAGCUAUUCUUUAUAAACAUGAUUGCAUAUGAAGCAUCUCCAGAAAGCGACACUGGCAUUCCUAUAAUAUGUUAUGUUAAUUUCUUGAAAUCGCUCAUUGUUAAACCUGAAGAUGUGAAGGAACUACGGGAAAAGAAGAUACUCUUUAGCACCCUUGUCAGUGAUGAACAAGUUGUUGAAGCAAUCAAAGAGAUUGAUACUUGCGGACUUGAUGAUUACUAUAUUUUUGACAAUGUGAAGAUGAGAAUUGAGGAGCACUGCAGCAACAAGGCAAAAACAUGGAUUGCUGAAUUAAUUCACACUAAUUUUCGCAAUCCAUGGACUUUUAUUACCUUACUCGCUGCCACUUUUCUUCUUUGCUUAACUUUUCUCCAGACCUAUUACACAUUGAAUCCUAAGUAAAGGUGUGUGGCAAAUGCUGUUCUUCAUGUUUUAGUUGAGAUGUGUUUCAACUCUUCCGAACAAGAUAGGUUUGAUGCUUUUAGUAUUUAUUGUAUUAAUCUAUGUUUGUAUUAUUGGAAUUCAAAUCUAUAAAAGUAGUAUUUUAAUAAAUGUCUAUCAGAUGACUGAUUGAAAACAA